AUUUUGAAUCAGGGGGGAAGUUUACAGUGCGCUGACGGACUUUUGGAGAGUUCGGUGUUGUGCGCUCUCACACGCUCAAAGCCUCCACUGGAAAGCGCACCACUCCAGACCACCAUACAUGCAAAUACUGACAAGACGUGUCUCCGAACACCACAGGCUUCGUUCUCUCUAUUCGCUUCAGCUCGUGGCUGCAUCUCAGGAGUGAAAUGGAUGUCAUCCCCAUGUGUAGCAUCUUCCAGGAGCUCCAGAUCGUGCACGACACCGGAUACUUUUCAGCUUUACCGUCUCUGGAGGAGUACUGGCAGCAGACAUGCCUCGAGCUGGAGAGGUACCUCCAGAGCGAGCCCUACGUGUCAGCCACAGACCUCAAAUUUGAGAACCAGGAGGACCUGUGGAGCAAGCUGAUGCUCGCCUACGGGGACAAGUCAAAUGAGCCGGACCCAAAGAUCCCCCACAUCAAGGAGGAGGAAGACAAUCAAGACAGCCAGCACCUAGACGCCGGCGGCUUCAACUCCGACGCCAGCAGUGAGGCCUCGGACAGCUCUGAGGAGCUCUCCCCUACCCUCGACUUCUCCUCCGGGUCUUUGACUGACAUUCUGGGAGACGGCGGCGAAGACCUGGGCUCCGCCGUCAUCAGCACGCCACCGUCUUCACCUGAGCUGGGCAAGGAGGGCACUGUCACCCAGGUGUGGAGUGGGAUACAGACUGUGCUGCACUCACCUGGGAAAAUAAGGACUGGGGGCAUGGAGAGGACCCUGGAGAGGUCGGGACUGACCAGCGGGGAGGCGUCGCCCGACGGCAGGAGGCGGGUGCACAGGUGUCAAUUCAAUGGUUGCAGGAAGGUGUACACCAAGAGCUCACACCUCAAAGCACACCAGCGUACGCACACAGGUGAGAAGCCCUACAGGUGUUCAUGGGAGGGCUGCGAGUGGCGCUUUGCACGAAGCGAUGAGCUCACCAGACACUUCAGGAAGCACACUGGAGCAAAGCCAUUCAAAUGCAGUCACUGCGACAGGUGUUUCUCCCGUUCUGACCACCUGGCGCUGCACAUGAAGAGGCACAUCUAAGAUGGCCUCUGUGUUGAGAGCUCUGUUGGAUGAUUCUGGUUGAUUGUCCUGACCUGUGGGGGAUCAGCGAGGCCGGUGUGUCCUGGGAGCGUUAACAGGGGCACCGCCGUGUUCCAGUCAGCGGAAAAAGAUGAAGCAACGCAGGCUAUUAUUUGCACCAUACUUAGUGCCUCCAACACCUCGCUGUGGAGAUUGCUCUUGAAAGGCUUUUACAGAGGAGCGGGAGGGCAGGGAGAGACUUGAAGAAGUUUGAGAAAACUGGAGAAGAUCUGGGCUGGAGAGGCCGGGAAGAAACUCUUCUGUAUGGUGUUCGAUGCUUUUUUUCCUGGAGGAUUAUGGGACUCCUGCGGGGGUGCCGUUCCUCCAAUGACAGUGUGUUUGCCUGUGCGCAUGGGGACUGUGAGUGCCUGCGACUGGUUGCCUGUGCUGGCUUUCUGGAGCGGAUGGAGCUUGCAUUGUGGAACUGCGAGUGAAUGAGACUGAGGGGGGUGAGGUUAUGCGAGGGAGGUUUUUUGGGGAGGGGGUAUUUUGUGGUCUCACUGAGAGCGAAUGCAAGGGUUCUGUCUGUGCUGUUUGAGUCUGUCGGCUGUGGAGGGGGAGCAAGGGGUUGUAGUUGGAGCUGAUUCUGCCAGAGAGCGCCCCCUUUCUGCGCGGAGGUGGAACUGCAGCUCCCUGUUCAAAUGUGGGAGGUCGUUUUGUUUAGUGCAGCUAUUAAAUGUGCAAUGUAUUAUGUAGCCUGUCUCAAAACAUACACGCUAUAAAGCUCAUUUUGUUGUCCAUUGUGUAAGCUCUGUAUCUAAAAACAAAGAAAAAAAAAACAACGGUUGUACACAGUUAUUGCCAUUAUAACAGAACUUGCAUGGGAUCCGGGGAUGUGUUGCUCACCUGUUUGCUUAUAGGACAACAAAAUUCCAUUUGAGAGCAGCUACCUUCAUAUUACUCAAUAUCAUAGUAUAGUACAAAACACAUAAGGCAGUCAUUUUACUUUUUUUUAUUAUUUUAUUUUCUUGAUAAGUUGGGGAUACCACUAUUGCUUGGCAACUGUCUUGAUCAUGGGAUUUUUGUUCCUUUCUCUUCACUUUUGCUCUUCUCUUUUGUUCUAUCUGUAAAUGCACUGUUGACCUUACUGAUGCCUUAUGUAAGUGGCCUUGUCCUGUUAAAUAGAUCUCUCUCUCUCUCUCUCUCUCUCUCUCUCUCUCGCUCUUUCACACACACAUACACACACCAAACGGGGGUUGCAAAUGCACUAGUGCGUUAUUGAAUUGCUUUAUAAUGGCUCUGAUCCAUACAGUUGCACCUUUGCUCUUUUGUCUCGCGACAGACUCCUCUAAACUCCUGAACAACAAUAAUAAUAAUAAUAAUAAUGAAAAAAAACUAUAUAUAUCAGCAUCAUAAUGACCGCCAUUUUUUCAUCUCUGUGCAUUAUUUGUUCGAUUUAUCAUAACUUUAUCAAAACCUAAAUCGCAUUCCCCUAAAUGACAGAAUUGUGGAGCACUUGGAAAAGCAAUUCAGUUUUGUAAAGGUUUACUACUAUGUAGUAUAAGGUGGUGUGGCUGCACUUCAGAUGGACUGUAACUUGAAGGUACAAAGUCUUGGAAAUAUGUUCUCAUGAAAUGUGGCGUGCUCAGCCACUAAGGUUUUGACAAAUUUGGAUUUACUGCAAACAAAACGUCGCUGUACGAGCCAUUUGGAUCAGCUGAUGUGUCAAACACUCACAUCCUUUAAAGAAAAGGAUGCGUCCUUUCAGAAUAAUGACGACACUCUCAAUCAUGAGUCUGUUUUGAUGUUGUUUGUUUUGGUGAGUCUCGCCCUCAGGGUUAGCCAGUAUCUUUACUCAGUUCUGGUUUAAACAACACAUGAUCUGACUAAACGGUACUAAAACCGGUCUAACCAGUUUGGCUCAGCUGGGCUGCAGGUCUAGAGGUUUCUGUCUGCGUCUGCAGGUGAACUGACAUGAGACCAGGCCCAGAUGUAUGUCUGUAUCAGCUUCCCUAUAUGCAUGUUUUAUCUUCAGUUACUGUAUAUGACUUCAACGCACUCCUCUGUGGGUUGAUAAAAUUCUCUGAUCUGUCAAGUCUUUUGAAAUCCCUUCAGUUUCAGUUUGUUAAAAAACUCAAUCGCCAUUUUCCCUAUUGAUGGGAGCCACAGUGUUUUACAGGUUAAUAUAUUUAGUUGAAAAUUAAGAUCUGAAUCUGAAAGUGUUGAAAUAGAACUUGUCUGCUUUGUGGGUUAUGGCUGAUGUAAGUGGUCAUAAACCUCGUUCGUGUCCGUCACUGAGCAGUCAGCCCCUUCAGACGGCCUUGUUGUAACUCAACUGUACAGCUGAACCUGGUCACCAUUACAGAAAGUCCAUACACUGAGGAAGAUCAGAAAUGCAAAGAUAUGUACAUUGUAAAUUAAGAGAAUUUUGUAAGGAAGCUUCUAUUUUGAAAGGGUAUGGGACCAAAAACAAGUGCAGUGUGUCGCUUCUGAAGAUGAACCAAUGAAGACAAGAGGCUGAAGAAUUAUUGUAAAAUAUAAACACUCCGUUCUCCUUCAUUUGCUUCUGUAACAUGUUUGUCUUUUGUUUUGAAUGGAGAAAGGAAGAGCAAAACGUACGUUUAAAAAGGCAUCAACUGCGUAUACACCUGUGGCCUAUCAUCUUUCAAGAAAAAAUUAAAAGAAAAACACCAACAAAAAAACACAAAAAAAAAUUACUUUUCAGAUGUGAAUUGUUCUGGACACUUGAAUUGUCAUGAUUUUGCAUUCUGGUGCCCGUUAAGUAUUAAGUUUUUUAUUUGCCAUGUGAUUUCUCUCUCUCGACUUUUCAAAGACCUGCGAAGACACCCUAUCUUUAGCUAGAGAAUCUUUAUUGGAUAAACAUGGAGAUAAAAUAUGACGCUCUAUUUUUGUUUGUUUUAUGGCAUAACAAGAUUUUUUCAUUUGAAAUUGUUUUGUAAAAUAGUUUCUGUAUGAAUGUAUUUUUUAUUGGAAAAUCGAUAAAAAGAAUUUAUUGGAUCUA